CUUUGAAAGCAAAAAGCUGUGAAAUGUGGAGGAGCUCAGCUGUCGUCUCAUCAGUCGAUGUCGAGCUCAUUCAACGGCUGAGAUUCAAUUGCAGUUUUGCACAUCGAAAUCAAGAAGCAAAAAGAUGAAGAUUCAACAUUCAUAUAAGUUGGCAUUUUUACUGAUUUUUUUGUUUGUUUUGCCAACUGCUUAAUCUGAAUUCAACCGAUGCCGAAACGGGAAAAUCUUCUCGGUUAAUUUGUUAUUCCUAACUUCAGUAAUUAGACGAAUUGCUUGUGUUUUUCGUAUAAGUGCUUUUCUUCAUAUAUCUGGUGUGCUUUUGUAUAAGUGCUUUUCUUCAUGUAUCUGGUGUUAUAAUAGAUUCGUUUCCUGAAUCCAUGCACUUUGCCUGCCAUUUGGUUACUAAAAUUUCCUCCCAAUUUGUUCUCCUUAAUUAGGGAAUUUUGGUAAAUUGUUAUGGAUCAAGGCAUACGUGGAGACGGAAGAUGUUUGUUCCGGUCUGUGGUUCACGGCGCUUCUCUAAGGGCAGGGAAACCAUCUCCAAGUGACAGCCUUCAGAGAGAACUUGCCGACGAGCUCAGAUCAAAGGUGGUCGAUGAAUUCAUCAGACGGAGGUCAGACACCGAAUGGUUUCUUGAAGAUGAUUUUGAAACGUACGUUGUACAGAUGCGACAGCCCCACAUUUGGGGAGGAGAACCUGAGUUGCUUAUGUCCUCACAUGUCCUACGGAUGCCGAUUACAGUUUAUAUGCGGGACAAGGAUUCCGGCGACCUCAUGAUCAUAGCCGAAUAUGGUCAAGAGUACGGAAGGGACAACCCUAUCCGCGUACUUUAUCAUGGUUAUGGACACUACGACGCACUGCCUGCUGCAACUACUGGUACACAGUCCAAGUUGUGCAAACAAAGAUAGCCAGAGAUGCGUGGUACUGUAGCCUGUAUUCAUUCAAAAUCUUGAACUGUAUUCCUGCUGUUAUGUUUAUAAGUAUUUGAUUCGAGAAAUGGGUACUUUCUCAUACAACA